UUGAUCUUGUUCAUAAUGGGCAGUAAUUAAUGCGUUGGUAGACAAUAGUCUUGUUCAAGUUGCAAGACCAUGAUGAUGAGUGUUUUUUUCAAGACGAUGACGAUAACAGCGACAGUAUGAUGUUAUACAAACACAAUUAGAUUAAAAACUAUCAAAAUUAGGCAAUAGAAUGAGAAGAAAAAUGUAAGCCAAGGUUUUAGUUCACCAACAACAAGAACCAUUCCAUCUAUGGUGAACAACUUCCCAAGUGUUGUUUAGUGCUCAAGUUAAAAUUUAGUUUACUUGAGAAUACUUGUGUUAACAAUCAACAGCCAACUAACAACAAUUAACAUAAACGUCACCAUCAGAGCAUCACUUUAAUCUGUAUCAGACGACCACCAAAAAUCACCUCCACCUCCACCAUUGAGCUACCAACAGGAUCCAACCGUUAACCGACUGCCAUAUAGACAAUUGAUAAAGGUGACUUUUUUUCCUGAUGACAAUUUGAUGAUUUUAUGCCAAAUGGACAUUUGAGACAAGAGAGCAACAAAUUGACUGACCAAAGUUUACAAAAUAGGAUUUGCCAAUUAACUCAUCUUUGCUUUUAAAACUUGCAACUGUUGAUCAGUGUCAAUGUGGGACGAUCGUGAAUCGCGUAAAUAUGUUGCUCCUAAUGGGAACAACAAUAACAAAGACAGUCCAAUGAAUAGUCCAUCGGUUAUGAGCCAAUGGCCUGGUGGUGGUUACGGUAAUCGUGGCUAUGACAAUACAGAGGAUCUUCAUGCUUGGUCCAUUUAUCGACAAAACUUGAAUGCCGAUCUGUCUGAAUCAGCCAUUGGAAUAAACAAAAGUGUCAACGGUGAGAGGCCGUUUGGCAAUUUCCAGUUGAAAGAGACGACCGUUAAAAAUAUACUCAAUCAUCCCAAGUACGGUCCAAGGCUUCGUAAUCAUGAUCCAGCCACUUACCUUCGGUAUGGCCUUCCUCGGGUCAAAGUGUCUCAAUCCGAGUUGGGUGUUCGAGAUGAGGAUCGUCGGUCAGGUUUAAUGGUUGGUGCUGGUGGAUCGAGCAUCAUUGGUGGUGGUCACAUUGAAAGGUCUAAACUUGCCUCGCAACAGCAUAAAUACCAGGGUAAACAUGGUUCCCAUUUGGGUAAACCUGGUUAUGGUCAUCAUUUACCUUCUGAUUCAGCUUCCAUGACUGAUGUUGACGAUGAUGAAGAGGAAGAUGAGAUUGACAAUGGACGCUCUGGAACAGGUCAACCAGUACAUGCACCUUCCAUUUCAUCUUCUAAACACGUCUCCAGUCAACAGGGUAGAAAAAAUGUUGGUCGAACCUGGAAAAGUGAUCCUGACCUUCUUCGAGGUGAUUUAGAGGAGUCAAUCAUUUCACCUUCUGCUGUUCACCAGUCUCACCAUCAUCCUCAUCUCGCUAAUCAUUCAUCUUCCCAUUUAAAUUCUCACCUUCAUUCUAAUCAACUUUACCGAGGUAAACGAAGUCAAGCCAAUCUACUGUUAUCAUCAUCAUCUGCCAAUUCACCGUCAAACAAUAAAUAUUCAGGACUCAUUCACUCAUCACCACCCUACAUGACUGCCAAUGGUAAAGCAGUCAGUGAAACUGAUUUACGCUUUCCAUCCUCUAAUCAUAAUAACAAAAACAAUAACAAUUACCAUACGCGUGAUCAAAUGGCCAAUGGCAAUGGUUAUGGGUUAAAUGGUAAAAUGGGUAAAACCAAUGGUUACAUUCAUUCCAAUGGUGAAGACAUGAUUGAUACUGAAUUACCUUUAUCCAAUGGUUUAUCAGCACCAUCCAGCUCACCCAAAAAUCCUCACCUAAUUGUUCGUGGGCUCUAUUAUGAGUUAGACAAAACGUCCACUUUAAGGCGCAUUUGUGGAGCCCAGAGAACCAAAUCAAGAAUCUUGGACAACAUUUCGUUUGAGGUUAAAGCCGGUGAAGUCCUUGCCAUUAUGGCAACCAGUGAAUACGAAGGAACUUCAAUUCUAGAAAUUUUAUCUGAUCGUUACAAUAAAAGUAGAGGAACCGUCAAAUCCGAGAUAACAUUGAAUGGCAUCUUCAUGACUCCCGCCAAAUUAUCACAAGUCAGCUCGUACGUGGGCCAAGAUACUGAUCUGUGUCCGAACAUGUCGGCCCGGCAAACUCUGCUCUUCUCUUCUCUUGUUCAAGGUCCUGCCAAAAAGAAUACCUUUGACACUAAAAAGCGUACAAAUGCAGUUCUCGAGGAACUUGGUCUGAGUGAAGUUCGUCAUACUUCAGUGGCCGAUUUAACCGAGGCUGAGAAACGUCGCCUGUUGAUAGGGCAAGCACUCCUUUUAGACACGGAUCUCCUUUUACUUGAUCAACCAACCAAAGGGAUGGACAUUUUCGACUCUUUCUUUCUCAUUGAAUACCUUCGCCAAUGGGCUCUGAUCUCGGGUCGAUGUGUUAUCCUCACCAUUCAACCUGCAACUUAUGAAAUAUUUACAAUGUUAUCACAAAUUGCACUUGUUUCAACUGGUCGAAUCCUUUACUUUGGUAAACGCAAAGAUCUUCUUACCUACUUUUCUUACAUUGACUUCCCAUGUCCUACCUACAAAAAUCCAAGUGACUAUUAUCUUGACCUGGUAACCCUAGAUAAUCUAAGUUCAGAGGCCAUGUUAGAGUCAAGUCAACGAAUAGAAAAUUUGGUUGACCUUUAUUCCAAUCGAUGUUCCAAUGCGGUUUCAUUGCCAGGUCCACCAUCGGUUGCCCCACCACCAGUAAGACGUGCCCAUAUGACCAUCAUGUUUCUAGCUCUGUGGAUACGAGCCUUAAUAUUCACUUUUCCCUACAACGUUAUCCACUUGUUCCGUAAUUUACUGUUGGCAAUUAGUUUAUCCAUUUGCACGGGAAUCAUUUAUUGGCAUAUCAGGAUUGGUCGUGAACAGGAACAUCUAUGGGAUCGUAUUGGACUGUAUCAUACCAUUUUAACAAUUAUGCCAAUUCCAUUGUUUCUUGUUGAGAUUCAUGAUGCUCACAAGGAGAAAAAUUAUGUUCUGAAUGAAGUUAAGAUGCAAUUAUACACCAAACCGCUGUACGUCUUUUCCAAGAUACUUUACACACUUCCAAAAGCAACUCUAGUGUUCAUGGGGUUUAUAAUUCCUGUUUCCUCCAUGGCCGGUCUUCAAAAUAAUUUACUUCUCUAUUUGGUUAUAUUGCUGGGCUAUCUCCACAUGAUCCGGAUGAUUGCUCUCUCAAUGGCUUGGUCUUUUGAUCGUCGAUCAACAGCUUCAUUGGCUUUUGGUCUUAUUUUUUCAAUAUUAACUCUCGCCGCGGGAACAACGUUUCACUACAAGGAUUUAUCCGUAAUUACAAAAUGGUUGCACUCAAUUUCCCCAAUCAGGUAUACGCAUGAGGUGCUGAUUGGAUGGGAAUUUCAUAAUAACUAUACAACAGGUUCGUCAUCGAUUGUUCCACUCGCCUAUCAAUGUACACAUAACCCGAUUAUUCAGCAAGAGAAUGCGAUCUUGAUUAAAGCUGAUUGUGGUUUUCAACAGAGAGAACACAUUCUUCGCUGGUUUAAUUACAAAACAUCAGGAUCGGAUAUUUUACGUCUCAUCUCUCAGCCAUUUAUUGCCUAUGCCAUUGUCUUUGCCAUCUUCCUGAUCAUUGGAUCUUUAUCAUUCUGUUUCAUUGCCAAUAAAAAGAACCGACGCAAUCGCGAUUCCCCGACAUCGUCAUAAUUGGUGGUUCCUUUACUGCGCCUGGUACUAAAAAUUCACUAACUGUCUUGUUUUCACCUAAUUGUUUCCUAAUCACCUCAGAUGAUCAAAUAUUUGCAAGAUUUUUACAUUUAAUCAUUACUUGCUUUUUGUGCAAUGAUGAUAAACUUUCCUGACCUAAUCAAUGUAACUUUUGUUUUAUUUUGAACUUAACCUCAGAUCAUCAUUGCACCAUUGUAAAUUCAUCUUUCGACAUUAACUAUUCCUAUUCCUAAUUUUAUCUUGUUAGAUGUAAUUUUUUAGAUGAAAAAUCAUUCAAUAACGUCAAUAAAAUAAAUUAAAUGAAAAUA